CGCAUUUGAGCUUGCUGAAAAUAAACAACUGUUGGUGGAUUUCCCAAGCGACCGACCAGAUUGUCUUGCAAACUAUGUUCUGCGCCUUUAUAUACGUCGGAGUUGCUUAUAUUGUGCGCUUUAUGAAGUGAUAUUGUCAUCAGAAAAUAUAGUAAUACGUUUCUUCAUCUCUGUUUAUUUUUGUAUUUGACGAGAGACAUUUUCUACUUGGUCUAUGCAGCACCGGUGAGCUCAAACUUGAGAACUUUGUGGUAGGCCUACAGUAGGUUAUUUUGUAUAAUUUACAUUAGCCUAUAGCAAGUGGUAAAAGUGAAACGUGGACGUGGUGUUGAUAUCUGUGCUCAGAACCGAAGCAACAGCUGUUCCACUGUUGUUUAAACACUUUCUGUGUAUGUAUGAAUUUGAGAAUAGAAAUAUUUAAUUAUUAAAUGGGAUGAGAGAAAACGACCUAUGGAUCCAUACGCGUGCGUUUUUUGUAGCUCGACGGCUUUCGCGUAAAGACUACUGGCACUCGCGUUCUAUCAGUAUCAUCGCCUUUUUGUAGAACGACGGACUGGUGUUAAAUAACUUAAUGUGUCCAGAUAAAGUUAUGUCUUCAGCAAUCACAGUGGGAGAUUAAAUGUUUCUUUUUCUGAGUUCAAUAAUAUUGUUGGUAAACAAGACUGUAUAAAUGCCACCGCUCUUGCCGCUAUGAAUGGAAUACACUCAUCAUCUUCAAAACAAAUAAACUAUAAUGCAACAUGAAACAAUAGGCAACUAUGUUUUCCGAAGUGGCCAACUUAAAUUACAGCUCUAACGGAACCGGUGAAGACUCUCUUAAUUAUUUGGAUCAGGACUGGAAUGACACUCCGGGCACACUGUCACGAACUGGACUAAAUGUUGUCGCUGUGUGUUUGGGAUCUAUUAUGGUGUUUGGCUGCCUCAACAACCUAGUGGUACUAGUCCUCUUCUGCAAGUUCAAGACGCUUCGUACACCAGUGAAUAUGCUACUCCUGAACAUCAGCGUGAGUGACAUGCUUGUGUGCAUGUUUGGGACGACACUCAGCUUCGCGUCUAGCAUCAAAGGACGGUGGCUGGCAGGCAGACAUGGAUGCAUGUGGUACGGCUUCAUUAACUCCUGUUUCGGCAUUGUGUCGCUCAUCUCACUGGCCAUCCUCUCUUAUGACCGCUACAGCACACUGACCGUCUAUAACAAGCGGGCCCCAGACUACCGCAAGCCUAUUCUGGCAGUGGGGGGCUCCUGGCUCUACUCCCUGCUCUGGACAGUGCCCCCCCUGCUGGGCUGGAGUAGUUAUGGCCUGGAAGGUGCUGGGACCAGCUGCUCUGUGACGUGGAGGGCAAACACAGUGGGCUCCCACUCCUAUAUCAUCUGCUUGUUCAUCUUCUGCCUGGGCGUCCCUGUGCUUGUCAUGGUGUACUGUUAUGGGAGGUUGGUCUAUGCUGUUAAACAGGUGGGCCGGAUCCGAAAGACAGCUGCGCGACGGAGAGAGUAUCAUAUCCUGUUUAUGGUGAUCACCACGGUCGUAUGCUACCUGGUCUGCUGGAUGCCCUACGGCGUUGUGGCAAUGAUGGCCACGUUCGGCCCACCGGGACUCAUCACACCCAUUGCCAGUGUGGUGCCCUCGCUCCUGGCGAAGACCAGCACGGUCAUCAACCCCUUAAUAUACAUCCUCAUGAAUAAGCAGUUCUACAGGUGUUUCCUGAUCCUCUUCCACUGUAAGCACCAGGCCCUGGAGAACGGCCAGUCCUCCAUGCCCUCUAAGACCACGGUGAUCCAGCUCAACCGGCGUGCCUACAGCAAGACUCUGGUCAACGCCAACGCCACAGGUGCCCCGUCCACGGCCAACCAUCAUGAGUGCAGCUCCCCGGAGUCGGACAAGACCAACCCCGCUGAGGAAACCACCCAGCCCCCCUCCCCAUAACCGCCGCCCAACUGGCUGGGUGUGUGUAUGUGUAUGUAUGUGUUUGUGCAUGACGGUGAGAAUGUGUGUAUAUGAGUGUGAGUACAAAUAUGUGUGUGUGUGUGUGUGUGUCUGUGUGUGUGUGCUUCUUGUAGGUUCCUAACCCCCUUGUGGAAAAGUGAAGUCGCAAUGUUUCAUCAAACAUGUCUCAGACCAAAUCUCUCAACCUCCUGAGUGUAAGUACAGACUGUAGUCUUGAGUUACUGAACAGUGCAUCUGGUGAUAAACCUGUGAGACAUGUGAUUCAUGUCUUAUUAUGAUCUGUGGAUUCUCUUUUAUUAUCUUUCAUUUCUAUACAUUGGCCUCAGCGUUCCAUGUAGGGCUGGGCGAUAAGCCUGAAAACUGUAUCACUAUAUAAGUAUUUCAUAUC